GAACCAGCUCAGGGCACGAACGCCCAGGAAGACAGUAUCGGACUUCCUGGUCGCCUCUGUGUUUCUCUGAUCCUCCUGUAAAACUGCCUGGAGAGGAGAAAGCUAUAGCUAGGUUGCGGCCUGUUUUAAGGCUCACUCCCCGGCUGUAAUUAGCAUACUUAAAAGGUGAAUCAACACCUCUUCGACACCGAGGCGAGCCGCGGAAAGCAUCUGUUCGCAGAGCAGUGAGGUUAGCUGGGAUUGCGCUAACAGGAGGAGGAGACUCAGUUCCGUGUUAUGAGGCUUCAGACGAGGAAUUACAACUAACUUUUGGAGAUAAACCUGGAUAGUGUGAGCAUGUUGUGGGAGCCGCAGGUUUUGUAGAAUGAAGAGCCCGGCGCACCGCACAAGGGACAUCGAGAGGCAAGCUGGCUAUCUGAGGCCCGAACACUGUGCCCCUCCCCCGCUGCGCAACGGCUCUGAAACCAUGUGGUUCAUCCGCGACGGCUGCGGCAUUGUGUGCGGCGUCAUCACCUGGUUCCUGGUCUUGUACGCCGAGUUUGUGGUGGUGUUCGUCGUGCUGCUGCCUGCCAAGAGUGUGAUCUACAGCCUCUUCAACGGGGUGAUCUUCAACGGCCUCUGCUUCCUGGCCCUAGCCUCUCAUGCCAAGGCCAUGUGCACAGACCCGGGAGCCGUGCCUAAAGGGAACGCUACCAAAGAAUUCAUCGAAAGCCUGCAGCUCAAACCUGGACAAGUGGUCUACAAGUGUCCCAAGUGCUGCAGCAUAAAGCCAGACAGAGCUCACCACUGCAGUGUGUGUAAACGCUGCAUCAAAAAGAUGGACCACCAUUGUCCCUGGGUGAACAACUGUGUCGGAGAGAACAACCAGAAAUACUUUGUGCUUUUCACAAUGUAUAUUGCACUAAUAUCCUUACAUGCCCUGAUCUUGGUGGCCUUCCAUUUUGUUUUAUGCUUUGAAGAAGACUGGACAAAGUGCAGUAACUUCUCUCCACCGGCAACGGUCAUCCUCCUCAUCCUCCUCUGCUUUGAGGGUCUCCUCUUCCUGAUCUUCACUGCAGUCAUGUUCGGGACCCAGGUCCACUCCAUCUGCUCCGAUGAGACGGGAAUCGAACAGCUUAAGAAGGAGGAGAGACGAUGGGCCAAAAGGUCCAAAUGGAUGAAUUUGAAGGUGGUGUUUGGCCAUCCAUUCUCUAUAGCCUGGCUGAGCCCCUUUGCAACACCCGACCACGGCAAGGCAGACUUGUACCAGUACAUUGUGUGAAAACUGAAGCCUAGCUCAGCUCUGUCGCUGUGGACUUCCCCCGGUGUCCCUUCCUAUUGGCUGGACCCUAACGAGCAUGAACUCCUCUUUACCACUUCUACAUUUUCCUUCAUUUAUGGAUAUUUUGUUUAUCAAUAUUAUCAGGGUGUUCCAUCGUGAGUUCUGUUGUCAAAGAGUAAAAAAAAACAAAAAACAUUCACUUUUUUAUUUUUGUUUUGGUUGGUGCUGACUGAGAUUAAUGAGUUGUUGGAACAACUUGACAAGAAGCUCUUAAACCACAGCCAGAUCUUCCUUCACUAUUGUCUGAUCAUUUCCUGCUUCCAAAACUAAACAAUAAUGUGAACUCGAAACUGAAGUCCAGAAAGUUUUCACUGUCCUUGUGACAAGGGGGACUCUGGAGUUUGUCUUCCUGUAAACGUUGUCAUCCUGUCACUUCUUUAUUUGCUGUAUUCCUGUGGUUGCAAUAGUGUUUUGCUAAAUGCUGCGUGUGGUUUGCCUUAGAACCGUGCAUUAGUAACAUUGGCAUCUGUUUUUCUUUUUAAAGAAAUGUUUAUUGGUUUGCCUUAUUGAGACAGGAUCAUAUUAGUUAAAUACUGAGAUGUCUUGUUGCUCUUUGGUGUCAGAUAGGUGGAUAAGUCCUGGUCUUUAAGAAAUGUAUCUUGAUACAUUUUAUCAAAUUUCUGUUUUGAUUGAAAUACUUUUAGCCUGCACUUUACCCCAACUAUCUGGCUUAUCAUAUAAAAACAAGUUAGGUAUGUGUUUUUUGUUGUUUAAACUGGCCAUUAGCCAAUUUCCAGCCAAAACCGGAGCUGUGAAGGAGAUCCAAAGGCUAUAGGACAGUUCACGGCCUUAGUUAAAGUUAUACUCCUUAAGAUUUCAGUUCUGUUUGAUAUGGCAACAGCCAUGGUCUUUAUUGCACAAUUUUUAAUACUACAGUGAACACUCAUUGAGCAGCUAUUUUGUCAGAAAUACGACCAAAAAAAGCAGCAGUAGCAACGAUGCUACCAAACAAAAUGAACAAUCACACUAUAAUCUGCUGUGCUUUGAUUUUACAUUUGGGACCUCAAGCAAAUUAAGAUACACAGUUGCGGGGCUUGUCCUUCAGUAGAGGAGGAAAGGUGAAAGCAGGCAACAAGAUUACGUAAUUAAAGUUUAACUAGGAACUAUCCGGCGAUUCAGAUCACAGCAGCCACACUGCCAAAUCGGUUGAGGGGCAUAAAGCCUUGGCCCCCUUCUUAAACUGCCCUUCCUACUCCUGAGUUAUAAUCUGCAGCAAUAAUUUCAUGUCUUUAGUUGACAUUUAAGUCGCAUGCUUCAAGUCAGGAAGUCGGUUUCCGUUCUUUUUUUUUCCCCCUUCAAUUUUUUAUCGAAACACACUCUUGAUUAUAAAUGAAAUGAGAUUAAACACUAAAGCUGAGAGUCGCUUAUUGGUGUAAAGGUAAUUUGAAUGUGUGUCUGACAAAGAAAAACACUAUACAGAGAGGAAAUAGCUUAAUUUAUUUACAUCUAAUGGCUACUUGGUAUUAAUUUCAAACGGAAAUUUAUGGAAAUCCUAAGGAUUGUAAUUUUAAAAUCACUUGGAAGGUAAGCAGUGGUUUCUAUUCAAAGAAGAGCUGCAGCUUUUAAAUGUCAAAUGUAUGUAUAAUCCAGCUGUUUGUUUUGAACAGUGUCCUUUUGAUUAUUCGACAACUCUUGUGUAGCGGAUCAAGUCGACCUCUUGGCUUUGUACCAAUUUCAAUCAGUCACCAGCAAUUGAUGGAGUUUGCUUUUCGAUAAUCCAGUUUGUCAUAGAUUGUAGUUGUGAGUCUGACUAGAGGAGAAAAGCCUUACAGGAUAAAAUGUUGGUUUAAAUUUAGGCCAGUAUAAAAUGUUCACUGAGGCCUGAAAGAUCAUAUUAGGAAUGCACGUUUUAACAGCACUUGAACAUCCAGUGUGAGGAGGAUGUUUCACUUUUGUUGGACAUAAUUUGUUGCAGAUAGAAAAUAGUCCACUUCAAAGCAUUUAACACUAAAAUGCCUUUGCUGAAAUGUGUUCGAAAGCCUUACUGUAUUUAUAAAACAUGCUUUUUAAGGGUGAUGAAAGGACACAUUUGAACAUACAUGUUGCCAAAUUGAAUGCGUAAUGAAGGGAUGCAUUGAAGUAACCAUUUAAAGAGUGGGGUAUUAGGAUUUUAAUAAACAAACAGGUUUUAUCAAAUGCAAAAAUGUUAUCAUAUGGAGAUGCAAUGGUUGCGGUCCAGUUUACACAUACUGUACACCAGCUUUCUUCUUUCUAGAAUUGUUUAAUAUGUUGUUUGUGGUCAGGUAUGAAUAGCAAUUUUUAGAACUUACUGUGGACCACAUUUUCUUUUUGACUGGUAUUUGUUUAAAGGGGAAUGAAAUAAAAUGGUAUGUAUGUGGCACAA